AUGCAGCAGAGAGGAGACUUUGGUCAUCAUGCACAUAAUUUUUGGAUGCUGUGGUUUGGAGCUGUUGCGCGGCAAGCUCUAGGAGCGGAAAGCGCUUUUUAAUCCGUCUGUGGAUGUUGCCAACUUGCGAUGGCUGUUGCAGGGCGAUGUAGCUGCAUAAAAGAGAACGUGCCUCUUUGUUUUUGUUUCCUCAUUGUUUUACUAAGUGGCCUUACCAAUGCACAAAUUCGUUACAGCAUUCCGGAGGAGAUGGAGAGUGGUACUGUCGUUGGGGAUCUUGUGCGCGAUCUCGGGCUGGAGCUGAAAAAGCUCUCCGCGCGUCGGAUCAGAAUCAGCUCCGACAGCGCGAGGCGAUACUUCAGCAUCAACCACAAAACUGGUAAGCUUGAUAUAAGCGACCGGAUAGACCGUGAAACGCUCUGUGAAUUCAGCGGCACCUGUACUCUGAGCCUCGACGUGGUGUUAGAAAACCCGUUCGAGCAGCACAGCGUGGAUGUUGAGAUUUUGGACGCGAAUGACAACUCGCCGCUGUUCCCCCGAGACGAGUACCAGUUGGAGAUCACCGAGGGCGCACAGCCAGGCACACGGUUUUCCAUUGAGGGCGCGCAGGAUUCUGACGACGCGUCAAAUUCCGUGCGCCAUUAUCGCCUCACCUCAAACGAACACCUGGCGCUCGAUUCAACCAAACCACCUGCUGACGGAAAACACAUAGAGCUUGUGCUUAAAAAACCCUUUGACCGCGAGCUCUUGCAGUCGCACCAGUUUCUUCUCACUGCCACUGAUGGUGGUUCGCCUCCGCGUUCAGGCACAGCCAAAAUCAACGUGCGCGUUUUGGACAGCAAUGACAACGUGCCAGUAUUCGAUAGCUCCGUAUACAAAGUUAAAUUGCGUGAAAACUCGCCUGUUGGCGCGCUGGUGAUUAAAUUAAACGCCACUGAUCGAGAUGAGGGCUCCAAUGGUGAAGUGUUUUACUCAUUUAGCUCUUACACGCCAGAAAAGGUGAGACAGGUGUUUUCUGUGGACACUGAAAGUGGGGAAAUUCGAGUUAAGAGCAAUGUGGACUAUGAAGAAACCAACAGCUAUGAAAUGUAUAUCCAAGCUGCAGACCGAGGCCAAGGGGCUGUUGCAGUGCACUGUAAAGUGGUGGUGGAGGUGCUGGAUGUGAACGAUAAUCCACCUGAGAUUGUGUUGUCGUCUCUUUCAAGUCCGGUUCGAGAGGACGCUAGGGCGGACACUGUGGUGGCUUUAAUCAGCAUAAAUGACAAAGACUCUGGCCAAAACAAACAAGUCAGUUUCGACAUCAUUCCCCCUGACCUCCCCUUUAAAAUCAAAUCAUUCCGAAACCAUUAUACCAUAGUUACCUCAGCCUUUCUGGACCGAGAAACCAUAUCAUCGUACAACGUCACGGUUACAGCUACAGAUGGCGGCAUUCUGCCUCUAUCGUCCUCAAUGACAGUGCGAGUGGAAGUGGCAGAUGUAAAUGACAAUCCGCCACGUUUCGAACAGACUUCGUACACCGUUUAUGUCUCAGAAAACAAUGUUCCCAGUGCACCUCUGUGCAUCGUCAAGGCAACCGAUCCUGAUGCUGGUGAGAACGCGCGCAUCACGUACACCGUCCUGAAUGACAACAACCAUGGAAUUUCUGUGUCAUCAUAUGUUUCUGUGAAACCUGUGACAGGUGAGGUGUACGCACUGCGAUCUUUUGACUUUGAAAAGUUGCGAGAGUUUCACUUCCAGGUCAAAGCUCAAGACAAUGGUGUGCCACCUUUGAGCAGGGUGGCAACUGUCUAUAUUUACAUCAUGGACUCAAACGACCAUAAACCACAGUUCGUACACCCGGCAGCGAACAGCUCGCACUCCACGGAGACUAUUCUACGAAACGCUGAGGCAGGGGUCCUUGUGACGCGUGUGCUAGCUUGGGACUUAGAUGCUGGAGAAAAUGCAUGGCUGCUUUACAGCCUCCAUCACCUGCCUGAAGUUGACUUAUUUAAGGUGCACGAGCACACGGGCGAGAUCCGCACUACGCGGCGAGUCAUUGAGGACAAUUCUACCGUCUUUGGUCUGACAGUACACGUAAGAGACCACGGCCUGCCUCCUCGCUCCGCAUCAAUGACUAUCAAUGUCGCCGUCAUGGAGCUCCCACCCAAAGUUGCCCCGGACCCCAAACGUAUCAUCAGGCCACACGGAACAAUGAUCUUCUCCAACGUCACCAUGUAUCUUAUUAUCGCUCUUUGUGCCACCACCUUCGUCUUCUUGCUCACCAUUUUCGUCCUAGCUAUCGUUCGCUGCCAUGCCUACUGCAGCCAGCCUGAUGCCUGUUCUUGCUGUGGUUCCAAGAAGAAGAAGACGACAAUGAAGAAGGCACCUAAAGAUGGUGGAGGAGGAGGGACUGCAGGUGGAGGAGCGGAUGGAGCCACAGGUGGAGGUGGUGGCGGCGAAGGCAGGGUCACGUUCCAGCAACAAGCUGCGGUGGUGCGGAGAGACCUGAAAGUGGAGCCACACUACAUUGAGGUCCGAGGAAACGGCUCAAUGACCAAAACGUACUGCUACAAGACCUGCAUGACCGCAACCUCGGGAAGUGACACUUUCAUGUUCUAUAAUACGGGACGGCCGAUGAGUGGUACCUGGGGUUCAGGGGCGGACCGUUUCUUCACGGGGCAGAGUGGACAGUUUGUGCGCAGAUUGAGCAUGCCCGAUGCCACGGCCAUACAGCCUAAAGCUCCCAAUGCAGACUGGAGAUAUUCAGCAUCUCUCAGAGCAGGAAUGCAAAGCUCGGUUCAUAUGGAGGAGUCGUCAGUGAUGCAAGGAGCUCAGGGUGUUCUCGUCCAGAACUGGCCCACCGUGUCCAGCGCAGCCGAUAACGAGGGUGGAGAGGUCUCUCCCCCAGUCGGCGCCGGAGUGGACAGUAACAGUUGGCAUUUCCGAUAUGGGCCGGGUCCUGGCGGCCCUCCUCCACACCUGAAACCCGGUGAGGUCCCUCCUGAAGCCUUCAUCAUCCCUGGUUCUCCAGCUAUAAUAUCCAUCAGACAAGGACAAGACGGAGAUGACAAGAGCGACUUUAUUACCUUUGGAAAAAAGGAGGAGAAGAAGAAGAAGAAAAAGAAGAAGGAUAAGAAAGACAAACGAGAGAAAGGCAAAGAUGAUGAUGAUUAGAGAGACAGAGGGAGAAGUUACACAAAUAAGAGCUGAUGUUUUUUUUUAAGACAGAAGUCCCAACAGAAGUCUGUAGAACGAAACAUCCAUUUAUUAAUUCUAAAAUCCAAAUUUGGGUAAUGUUGUGUAAAGCCUUUAACCAGACGCUUUGAAUCGUGUUACAUCCAAACCAAUUGGCUUUAGACUGAUAGUUGGCAUUCCCCUUUUCCCGUUAAUAAAAUAAUCUCACCUUAAUGAGCUGAUAUGUGAUUGGUUAAUGUUGUCCCAUGUCUCUGGUGGCCAACCCACUAUUCCACAUCGAAGACUUUCAGACUGAUGUUGGUACUUCUGUCUUGUCUGUCCUCUUGGUUUUUGUUUUCCAAUCUUUUGGAUAGGGAGACGAAAUCUGAUUUGAAAUGUUUAUAAGCUGUGUGCCGCUUCAGAUGGACUUACAUGUAGAAAAAUGGGGAAAGAAAAGAGGGCGUAAUUAAAAAGAUUGGAGUAAAGUUUGUGGUUAUCAAAUAGGGCACACAGUGGUGUAAAUACGCAGGUCGACCACAGCUUUACGUAACACAAUGAAGACGCUAUAAUUAAUGCUUUUUGCUCAUUCACUUUUCCUGGUCUGGGAUGGAAGCAACAUCCCUGGAAAAAAGGAAACGUUGAAACAUGUUUUCACUUCUUAAAACAAAAACAAAUAAGUCUCACAUCCUGGACAAAUGAAAAAAAACAACAACAGUGUUUUACCAAAAAAAAAAAAAAAAAAAAAAGACACUUAACCGAAUGAUGGAAUGCACUUUUGUUUGGUUGCUUUAAUUUUGUUAACAACAAAUGUUCUCCAGGCAUAGUAUAUAUGUGAGCAAGUGGUCCCAUAUAUACACACAUUUAUAUAUAUAUAUAUAUAUACAUGCACACCAAGUAAACAGGGUCAAAAAUCAAUGCAUCCCUUGUGGCACCCAGUAAAUAUUCUGCUCUGAAAUGCUCUAAACCGGUAAAGCUUGAGAUAAGUUUCUUGAUGGAGCUGUACGCCAUCCAAAAUGUCCUUUUGGCAGGUUAACCAACUUUCCUUUUCUCCAUUUGGAGAAGAAAUGCGGAGAUACAAACCUCACGAGCUACAGUAAACGAAAAGCUGAUGAGCUUGUUGUUUCAAGGGAUGGCUGAGAAUGUUUAUGCAUUGCGAACAGUAUUACUGUUGAUUCACCAAACCUUAAACGCCUCUGAACCCAUAAACUAUCCUUAAAUAUCCUCUUUAGAAGCGGCAGGGAGGCUGCGCUGUUCUUUGAGUGGCGCUACCCCAUGUCUGACGUUUCCCCAAUAACCUUGACCCUAACUUUGUGCCUGCCUCCUCAGCUUGUUCCUGGAAAGUCUCCAGUGUCAUACUAUACGAUAUGGAGUCCUCUACGUUCUGCUUGCUGUCUAGAAAACCACCACAACUAACACAACAUAGAUAGGUUUUCAAAUUGGGCAAAGCAGGGCAGGGGUUUUCUUGUGCGCCGUUUUUAUAAGCUUUAAGUGAACUUUAUUGCUUCUGUGCAGAGCUUCUGUCUGUCCGUCUCUCUGUCUUGCUCUCUGCUGGGUAGGCUAGCUCUAGACAUUGUGGUGUACUCGUAUAGUAUGGAGUAAUGCGGACAACGCCUGUCGAAUCCCCCUGCAGAGGACAGAAGCCCCUCCCACAACACUGUCCUAUGUGUCCAAUUAUCCUCAGCACAGUCACAUUUAAACGUAAAUGUGCAAUUCUGCUGUUCUCACAUUGGUUCUUUAACCGAAGUGAGAAUACGAAGGUGGGACUAGGCAAAGGGUGGAGCUUCAGGUAGAGAAUAACCGGUGGGGUUGCCAAAUGUAUUGAUUUAAACCGGUGUUACAGGUGAAGUGUUUAAUUUAUUCAACACUAGCAUCAAAAAACGUAAUUUUAAAACUGUUUCAACCAGGUUUCCCCUUCUGCCAUUGGUUGUACAAACAGAUUGGUCCCACUGUUGCUAUAUUCAACUGGUUGGGAUGCCUAAAAAGUGCCAGAGUGUUAACACUUUAUUAGGAAAUCAACCAACAAAUGGACAUGCUAACAUCGAAAGCAUGCACACUUCUCCGUUAAAUUGUUAUAUAAAGCAGUUGAACUUGUUAAUCUAUGUAAAUUCAGCUUUUUUAGAAAGCUUUACCUAUUGUGAAGACAACUUUGCAAUGGUAAUACACUUUAUACUACAACAAAUAGACUGUUGGCUCCACCCCAUGCCUUUAAACCCACUAUAGUUCUGAUUAAAGAGGCAGUGACAUGCCUUUGCUCUUAUACUAUUGGUUCCCUCACUUGCCUGCCUGUUGCCACACCACCAAAAACAUGUCUCAAACUGUUGUCAGUUUCACAAACAUGACCGCUGCAUGACCUUACCAGAAAGAAACACUUACUAUAUAGAAAUAUAUAUGAAUAUAGAUAUAGAUGGCUAUGAUUUUACUAUUUUUCUUUAUAGUUUUUAUUCGUUAUUUACACAAGAGAUUUGUGUCUGUACCGUCUCCGAGCCUUUUGCAUACUGACACCUCUUGCACCGACUUAAAGUGGACAGUUAUGACGUUACUAAACUUUGGUAUUUGUAAAUGCUCUAUAGUGUGAUGCCCUGAAGCUCUCGUUUUUAUCCUAUUAUUUUCUUUUUUUUUUGUUACGAGAACAAUGAAAAAGACAAAAAAAAAAACAUUUUGUGUUUGGCUUUGACAUACUGAUCAAACUAGCACUGUAUAUUGUAGCUAAACUAUUAUGUAUGAUGACUCUGUCCCUUCUCUUUCACUUUUCAUUUCAAACAAAAAACAGGGGGGGAAAUCCUGAUGUAAAUUACAAUACAUGUAGUGUAUGCUUGUAUCUAGUGAGCGUUCAUGCUGUCAUUCUUUCUUAGUGUCUGGUGGGGAUCAGUAGGUGGCGCUGAAGCUGUCCAACCGAACGGCGCACACCUGUUGUUACAAUCCUAUUCUUCUUUUGUACACCUGCUCAUCAAUAUGUGAUGGUGAAUUAGUGACAUCCAUUUCUCUCUUGUUCUCUCUUCCUCCUGUUUGAUUUCAUUACAAUGGAAAAGUGGUAAUGUGUUUUGUUUAUAAAUCACAAAAAUAAAUAAACUUUUCUUUCUUAAUAAUGUGACACAUUAUGUUCCCUUUUCUU